GCUUUCCAGUUUCCAGUAUACUCUGGCGGAGAAAAAGCAUGCAACACGAAGUCACAGGCCAAUCGCCGGACUCAAAAUCGCUGACUUCGCUGGUAGAGUCGGUUGGUUGAGGCAGGAAUGAUCGAAGCUCCUCCACCACUCCAACAACGAGCAUCGCAGCCGCCGCCGCCCCUUCCAUCCGCCGUUGAUCGAACCCUCACCUUAAUUCCAGGUCUCCCUAACGACGUCGCUGCCUUCAUCCUCUCCUUCGUCCCAUAUUCCCAUCAUGCCCGCCUCAAGCCUACCUGCAAAUCAUGGAAACUCUUCCUAUCCUCCCCCACUCUAACUUCUCUCCGCCAUCACCACCGUCAUCUCUCCCACCUUCUCUGUAUCUUUCCCCAGGACCCUUCCAUUGCUUCCCCUUUCCUCUUUGACCCCCAUUCUCUUGCUUGGCGCCCUCUCCCCACUAUGCCCUGUAAUCCCCAUGUCUAUGGCCUCUGUAACUUCACCUCAAUUUCAAUAGGGCCCCACCUCUAUGUACUCGGAGGGUCCCUUUUCGACACCCGAUCGUUUCCCAUGGAUCGUCCCUCGCCCACUUCGUCGACUUUCCGUUUCAAUUUCCAUGAUUUCUCGUGGGAGCGCCUUGCCUCCAUGCUCACGCCCCGCGGCAGUUUCGCCUGCGUGGCACUGCCUGAUUCCGGCCAGAUUUUGGUGGCUGGCGGUGGGUCGAGGCAUACCAUGUUUGCCGCUGCCGGAAAUCGAACACGCUCUGUGGAAAUGUAUGACAUUAGCAAGGACGAGUGGGUUGCUAUGGAUGGAUUGCCGAGCUUUCGAGCCGGAUGUGUUGGUUUUCUUGUUGGGAAUGAGUCAGAGGAUAGGAGGGAGUUCUGGGUGGUGGGUGGAUAUGGUGCUUCCAGAACCAUUUCUGGGAUUUUUCCAGUGGAUGAGUACUGCAGGGAUGCAGCGGUGAUGGAAUUGAAGAAUGGAAGUGGUCGUGGCCAGUGGAGAGAAGUUGGGAAUAUCUGGAGAGAAGGGGAGAGGAUGAGAUUUGGAAAAAUUGUUGUGGUCGAGAACGAGAAUGGAGGCUGUCCAGGAGUCUUCAUGCUAGAUAGGGAUGAAAUAUUAAGAUAUGAUGUGCCUUCAAGUUAUUGGCUCUUCGAGUCACGCGUACCGAGAAAAGCUCCUUGCAACUCUUCAUUGGGUUUUGUGGUAUUAGAUGGGGAGCUGUAUGUAAUGACGAAUUUAAAUGCUGUGGAUGUGGCGGGACCUCGAAGGAACAGGCGACAUAAGCGAGGAGGGACACUUUACUUUCAAAUCUAUCAUCCAAAGAAGAAGAUGUGGAGAUCUCUUGUCACAAAAUCGCCUUUUGAUUACCCUGUAGACAUUAAUGCUGCUGUUUUGAGCUCAGUUACUCUGUGAUGGUGCCACUGAUUUGUACGGUUUAGGAAUCACCGCAAAAAUUAUAGUGGGUUUAUAUCAUUGGACCCGCAUGUUUCCCUGUUGAUGGCUUAUUAUUUACUGUAUAGACAUCUUGAGUCUUGACUAGUAUGUUGUUCAUUUUGAUUUGAUGUGUGAUUAUCAGAAUGUGUAUAUAGACUACAGGCUACAUAAUGUAUCAAUUGUCGCUGAAAGGAUGCAAAUUUGUAAUGGUUGAAGUAGGGAUUUAUUAUUGUAUAGAAAGAAUGUUGCUUGAUUU